ACGAGCUUUAACAUUUUUUAGGUUGGGUUCCAUUUUCUAGAAAUUUUAACCUUACUUUUGUCUAAAUCAUUGUGCCGAAGCACACCUGGUCCUAAAAAAUUAAAUAAAAUAAUUAUUUUGUGUUAAAAAAGUUGAAAAGUGAAUCGAUUAGCUUCAAAAUGAUGCAACCACAAAUAUUAUUACUCAAAGAAGGUACCGAUUCAUCACAAGGUAAACCUCAACUGAUUUCAAAUAUAAAUGCUUGCCAAAAUGUUGUGGACGCCAUACGAACAACUUUGGGGCCUAGAGGAAUGGAUAAACUUAUUGUCGGAAGCGGAGGUGCAGCGACUAUUUCCAAUGAUGGAGCUACUAUCUUAAAAUUAUUGGACAUAAUUCACCCAGCUGCAAAAACCUUAGUAGAUAUAGCAAAGUCUCAAGAUGCUGAAGUAGGUGAUGGUACAACUUCUGUAGUUUUACUAGCUGGAGAAUUUUUGAGACAGAUCAAACCAUAUGUUGAAGAAGGUGUACAUCCACGAAUUAUCAUAAAAGCAGUACGUAAAGCAACUCAAAUUUGUUUAGAAAAAAUAAGUUCUCUUGCUGUUAAAAUUAAUAAGUCAAAUGCUGAUGAAUUUAGAUCUUUACUAGAGAAAUGUGCUGCAACAGCAAUGAGUUCAAAAUUGAUCAACCAACAGAGAUCUUUCUUUUCAAAGAUGGUGGUAGAUGCUGUCUUACUUCUUGAUGAGUUAUUACCAUUAAAUAUGAUUGGUAUAAAAAAAGUUCAGGGAGGUGGUCUUGAAGAGUCAGUUCUAGUAGCUGGAGUUGCUUUCAAGAAAACUUUUUCUUAUGCUGGUUUUGAAAUGCAGCCAAAAAUAUACAAAGAUUGCAAAAUUGCUUUAUUAAAUAUUGAAUUGGAACUUAAAGCUGAAAGAGAUAAUGCAGAAAUUCGUUUAACCAGUGUAAAGGAGUAUCAAAAAGUUGUUGAUGCAGAAUGGAACAUAUUGUACAACAAACUCCAAAAAAUCCAUGAAUCUGGUGCUAAUGCUGUUUUAUCCAAACUUCCCAUUGGUGAUGUAGCCACUCAAUAUUUUGCUGAUCGAGAUAUGUUCUGUGCUGGUAGGGUAGGAGAAGAUGAUAUGAAAAGAACCCUAAAAGCAUGUGGUGGUGCUGUAAUGACCACUGUUAAUGAUCUAAAUGAUUCAGUACUAGGUAAAUGUCAGCUUUUUGAAGAAAAACAAAUAGGAGGUGAGAGAUACAAUUUCUUUAAAGGAUGUCCUAAUGCUAAAACUUGUACAUUACUCUUAAGAGGAGGAUCUGAACAAUUUCUCGAAGAAACUGAAAGAUCUUUACAUGAUGCCAUCAUGAUUGUCCGUAGAACUAUCAAGAAUGACUCAGUUGUAGCAGGAGGAGGAGCAAUUGAAAUGGAAUUAUCAAAAUUAUUAAGAGAUCAUUCAAGAACUAUAGCAGGAAAAGAACAACUCCUUAUUGGGGCUAUUGCUAAAGCUUUGGAGAUAAUCCCAAGACAGUUAUGUGAUAAUGCAGGUUUUGAUGCUACAAACAUACUAAAUAAGUUAAGACAGAAGCAUGCCCAGAAUAAUCCUUGGUAUGGUGUUGAUAUUGCCAAAGAAGACAUUAUUGACAACUUUGAAGCUUGUGUUUGGGAACCAGCCAUUGUCAAGGUUAAUGCUUUAACGGCAGCUGCAGAAGCUACCUGUCUAAUACUUUCUGUGGACGAGACUAUCAAGAAUCAGAAAUCUGAAGCUCCACCACAAAUGGGAGGGCGUGGUAUGGGAAGACCCAUGUAACUUUAAAAUUUAAUAUCUGGAAAAUUAACAAUCAUUAACUUAUUUUAAUCACAGUAUUUUGUAACUAAUGAAUAAAAUAAAACACUAAACGUU